AUGUUAAACCGCCCGUUGUCUCGCCAACAUCUACGUGCCAUUCAGACAGCGCUGAUGAAUGGCCCCCCAUCUCCCCCAUGGACCAACGUGGACAAGACCAAAACGGCAGCAAUUCUUAUUUCGUUGUGCAACGUACGGGACGUAGGCAGUAUACUGCUACAAGUCAGAUCGCGAACUUUGAGGUCGCACUCUGGUGAAGUUAGUUGUCCUGGUGGUAUGGUAGACCCAGAGGAUGUUAGCCUCAUCGACACUGCUUUACGAGAAACGAUGGAAGAACUGGGUAUUCAAGGCAACAGAGUGGAACCUUUGGGCUUUCUUCAUCCGCCAGAACGCAGCCUACGUGGCGAUGUUGUCUGGCCGUUAGUGGGCUUUGUACACACGACAGCAGAACGAAAGCCUCAGACAGAUCCAGACGACGAAGCUUUGCCAUCCAUUGACAUCUCGGCAAUCCAAAACUCUUCUUCCAAGGAUGAAGUCGAGCUCGUCUUUCACCUGCCAUUGACAGAGCUUAUCAAUCCAACAAGGCUCAGAGCGUAUCUGUUCAGAAAUGAGCGUCCGUAUUCCGCUAUAGACGUUUCCGAUCUGGUGCCGCCAAAUAGCGGCCUGACCAGUGUCUCAACCGAACCACCACAGGGCGAAAUUGGGCCCGGAACAGAGGGUAGAAUCGAGGUAUGGGGACUAACAGGCUGGUACCUCUCGCUCCUCUCGUCGACUUUGAAGUCGUUAUUCGUAGAAGCAUGA